CGACAACAGUCAAAUUUUCUUCACUAUAUCAAACUAAGAAGAGAAACUAGGAUGUCUGUAUCAAGACACUCCUUGAAAAAAGAUAUGUUUGAACCCUACGAUAAAAGCAGAAUUUAAAGACAACAGAGAAGAAUUGACAUUAUUGGGAGAUGAAAUCGCACGAUGACAGCUCAACAAAGCAUCUUCCUGGAAUAUCAAUUGGUAAACCGAAACUGCGUCACAGCAGCUGGGCAAAACUGCUCUCUCAGAACAAAUCCAACAUAUUUGACAAAGGGAGUACAAUACUCCCCGAAUUACAUGUGAAUUGCAAACCUGUCCGUUUGAGAGUGAAACGAACGAGACAAUCCAGUUAUGAUCCUGUGGAAUACUUCGAGAAGUUUGUUAAACAGUGCGGCAAAGAGACGGGCAAUAUUAAUGAAACACGACAGAGAGAAGAUAGCAAAAUAGAGGAGGAAUUGUUUGGUCGAAUUUUGGACGCGGGUAGUGCCAUAGAAGGACCUACCACAAGUGAUUCGGCAAGUCAGACUCUAAGUAGUGUAUCUCAGAUUCCAAAGCUACUGAGCAACCAUAAAAGAGGCGACGAAGUUAAUCGUCUACCACCCCUAACAGAUACGUCACCCUCCAAAGUUGAGAAAACACCGGAUGAAGAAGUUUACAUCCGCAGACAAUCUAAAGUCCAAAGAGACUCUUUUGCAAUUAAAACUAAUGGUGACAUUGAUUGGCAAAAUAUUUUUGUCAACGGUGGCUUUCGACCAUGCGAGUCGCGUGAUUUACCAACAAGGGGCGAAUUAAAUUUAUUGAAAUACAAAACGUGGGAUAACGAAGGCCCUACAUAUUGCAUCGCAAAGUGUGCGAAGUACUUUGGACUUGAGAGCGAGAUAAGCAAAGGAAAGAUAGUUCCUGAGAAAGAAGAAUUACAAAAGCGUUACACCAGCAUCUCUCCCACCUACAAAUUUUAUCCUCUUCGUGUUCUGAACCACCACAAAAGUUUUCCACCCUUACCGAACUCUCCAGAGACACUGAGGUAUUCCCCAGAGAAUCCAAGGAGAUGGUAUCACUUGUGCAAUUCGUGCACGGUUCCCCCGGUAACGCCUGCGUCAUCAAUGUUCAGAUCCUCACCCCUUGAAUGGAGUCCAUUACAUCACAAGGAAAGUAAAAAUACUCUUAGCGAAUUGGCUGAGAUGUCAGUUGGUGGGCAAACAACCGACGAGGGGAUUGGUUCACCAACUGAGAGCGAGCUAGAAUUUUGAGCAAGAAUCUUUUCUUCCAAAACGAUUCAACGAACACAAAGCCACCAUUCGCCGUGCUUUUUCCCUCAUUUUUAAAACGAGGCUUAGCGCAACUGUAAACUUUGUUAUAAAACAAGGGAUCUCGUAAAGGGCCUAUUUUUUUGGCAUUUUACCGUUUAAAUCAACCACGUCUGAAAUUCACAAAGUAUUAAUACACUUUCCUUCUUGGAAAUUAAUUUCAUAAAAUAUACUUAUAAUGCACACUGUAUUGAACCUGAAAAUAAGUUGUUCCAACAGAACAUCUUACUCGUUCUAUUUUCAAUUUUUAUUUCUUUUUGUGUACAACAAGGAGCCGAAUAUUAGAAAUAGGCAGAAAAAUUUCUUACUGAAUUUUCUCUUAUUUUUUGUAGACUAAAUCUCAAGCAAGAGAUUAUAAACUCUUGUCUCA